AUGGACGCGUUUCACGAGUUCUGGAACAUCUUCGCCGCGUCAGUACACAAUAACAACAGUGUACCUGUACCAGUCAAGUUUAUGUAUUUGAAGACGCACUUGAGAGGAGACGCAGCCAACAUCAUUGCGAACUUUCAACCCACUGAGGAGAAUUACGAAGAUGCAGUGCGUACCAUCAUCAGCACCUACGAUCGGCCAGAACAUCUGCGAAUGCGUCUCUGGGACAAGCUCAACAAGCAAGCGCCCGCAAAGGAUUCUGCGGCUUCACAACGCGCUACACUUGGUUCCAUCAGAGCUAUCUGGUCUCAGAUGAAGCGACUGAAGGAGGAAUCGUCGAUAGGUGCACUAAAUAUGAUCCGAUCGAAAUUUCCCCGACGUACGCGCGAGAAGGUCGGCGAGAUGAAGAACAAAGAAGACCAGAUGUGGACGGUUGACGAUCUACUGAAAGCAUUUGACACGGUUAUCGACAGGCUGCAAAUAGUAGAGGACGCCGAUCCCACUCCUUACGCCAUCUAUAAUUCCGAUUCUACCGUCCGCCAAACCUCCUCCCCGCCGCGCAGGUACUUUAGGGAAAGGCCGCAGCAGACUAGGCCUUUGCAGUGCCAACCGUCGACUUGUCCCACCUGCUCGCGUCCUUUGUGUUCGCCGUCGGAGUAUCGCACGGCUAGAAGUAGAUCACCAACACCAUACUACCCGCGACGCUCAUCUCGUAGUCCAGCACGACCGCAACGUCGCGCUUACCAGGAUUACUGCUGUGCUUUUUGUCAAGUCGAAGGACAUCGAGCGGAAGACUGUUUCGAAGUUCCCUAUACUACACAGCGGAGAACCAUUGUUAAGCAAGAAGCACCUCCGUGCGCAUUAUGCGGCAGAUCUCACCACCUAGCAUUGUGCUUCAACAGACCGCGAGCGUCCAAUACGUUUACCCCAACGACAAGUUUCCAUCGUCGAUCCAUUUCACCCAAGCGCGUGCAGUUCGACAUUGAAGCUCAGACCUCUACGGAUCGUGCGCUGCAAAGAUCACGCUCUUCAUCACCACGUGCUAGUGUCCUUCAACAAGCGUAUCACGACUUUGACUUUCGGAGGAAUCAAUUCACGGAAGACUCGUUGGAAGUCACGCUUACGCUGUGGGAUAAGUACGAUCGCCCAAUAGUCCUCCAGCUUUGGACGCGCGACGUGAACACGACGGUCCCAUGCUUCAACUACAUUGACGAUGUCACUCAGGAUUACUCGGACGAGCGAGUCGAAGUGGAUGUGCUUAUCGGCAUAGAUAACUACUGGCGAGUCGUAGACCUGAACAGAAAUGAAAGACUUCCAUCAGGAUUGAUACUAUCUCACACGCGAUUUGGACCAGUUCUUUCUGGAUCAGUCCAUCCUGCCGUAAAUAACACCACUUCGGCCAUGACAGUACUCAACGAUGACGCGCCAGGGACAGAACAGCUUGUGCGAAGUCUUCUUGGCUUAGAUACAGUUGGACUUGAAGAAGACGAAACUUCUACAGACGCCAGCACCAUCAGGCACUUUUAUGACACAGUUAGAGUCAUUGACGGUAACAUCUACGUCUCUUUUCCGUGGAGAUUUGAACAUCCUCCCUUAGCAGAUAACAAGGCCCUUGCGUUCCGUCGACUUCAGAGCUAUAGCUGGGACGAUGUCUUGAACGAGCAGGACAUGCAAAAGUGGGAUACGACCGUGAAGGUCGUAAAGGAUUUUCAUUCGCAAGUACCGCGCUUCAUUGGACUGACGCACGACAGCGCGUACGAUCUUGUCGUUUGCUCCGAUGCGUCCAGACGAGCCUACGCAGUCGCCGUUUACAUCCUGACGCGCCCUAAUGGGAAGAGGCCGAUGUCCAACUUACUCUUCGCUAAAGCAAAACUGGCACCUCCAGGCGCAAUUACCAUCCCGCGCAUGGAGUUACUUGCUUGCCACAUGGCUGCGAAGACGGUAAAAUUCCUGCGAACCCAGCUUAAGAUCCAUCUCCAGUCGAUAAGAUUUUUGACGGAUUCUCAGAUUGUCCUUUACUGGAUUCAAACGUCAAAGCCGCUGAAGACCUUUGUUGCUAAUCGUGUUAAGUACAUCCGGCACGUGCUCAGCGAACUGAAGUCUGAUAAGAUCGAUAGCGGAUUCUAUUAUAUCAACACGGACCAUAACUCAGCUGAUUGUGCCACCCGUGGACUGACAGCUUCAGAGCUGCAAAACCACAUGUGGUGGAUCGGACCUUCAUUUUUUACGGGCCCGUUUUGCGAAUGGCCUUGCCAAAGUUUCGACUCGGAAAUUCCACCUGCAGGAGGAGAAGCAAAAGAGACAACGGCAAGAAUCGCGUUUCCAUCUAGGACUUCUUCAACAUCUAGUGAGCAUUCCUAUCGUGCAAACGCGCGAGUGAAUAUUCAGGAUAGCCAGUGUGAGCACUAA